UUUUAGUGCCAAACCUAAUCUAACAAACCUAAUGGUCUGGGGCAAAUCUUUGUUUCUAAAAAGUAAUUUCUCUUGUUCUUCCUAUCUUCUUAUCAUUCAUGGUUAUUCAUUAUUUAUUAUUAAUUGUGGUCCAUUUCUUCAGUUGCCAACACUUAUUUUGAUACAAGUUAAAUAAAGUCUCGUUAUAUUCCAUAAAACAUGUAUCCUGCUCGGCAUACCGGACCCCCUCAGCCAGGACAAGGAAGAGGUUUCUCUAUCAAUGAGACCCUUGAGCGGAUUAAAGAUGAAUUUGGUUAUCUUCAAAAUCAAUAUCACGCUCUGAGGAUGGAUUUGGAAAAAUUAAAUGCUGAAAAAACUGAUAUGCAACGUCAUUAUGUUAUGUAUUAUGAAAUGUCUUAUGGUCUCAAUGUCGAAAUGCACAAACAAACAGAAAUAGCCAAACGUUUGAACACGAUCAUAGCCCAGAUAAUGCCUUACUUACCACCUGACCAUCAACCUUCAGUCGCACAAGCCGUUGAACGAGCCAAAACAGUAACCAUGACGGAAUUAAAUCAAAUCAUUGGUCAACAACAACAAACAGGUAUGACACAUUUUAUGCAGCAACUGCAAGCCCAACAAAAUCUCCCAGCAGCGGCAGCGGCAGCGGCGGCAGCAGCAGCAGCUGCGGCCGGCCAUCCUCAUGCUCCAGUGAUACCGAUGAUGCCUCAUCCUGCAGCUUUAGCUGGACCAGCUCCUCCUCCCCCUGGCUUACCACCCAAUUCAGCGGCAGCAGGACUUCUCGCACUGACUGCUGGUUCAUCAGCCGCUUCAGGACCAGCAAACAAUGCUGUGACCUUGUCAUCCAUCUCAACAGCUUCAUCUCCCGUCUCCAAAGACUCUGCAACUUCGAGGGAAGUUAACGAUGUUAAACGUAACCAUUUAGACGAUAGACAACGUAAUAAUUUCUCACCUCACGUGGACUGUGAUCGUAAUCGUCAUCGCAGUCGAUCUCCAGACUCUGAUAUUAAACUUAAGAAAAGAAGAGAUCAUGUGAGUUGUGACAGUGAUGGUGAAAAAAGUGACCAAGAACUGGUUGUUGAUGUUGCCAAUGAUGAGCCUUUAGGACCUUCUAAUGGUAAUGCCAACUCACCCCGAGAAAAUGGGCAAGAUAAAUCAAUUAAAAAAGAACAAUCUUCACAUAGUCCUCAUUCCAGUAUCUCAUCAAAUUCUAAUACUCCUUCAGCGAAACAUAAGGAAAAUGAAAAGUCCAUUACACCACUUCCUAAAGCUACAACUCCAAACAGCUCUGGAGCAUCUACACCGGGCGUUAGUGGAUUGAAAUCAAUGCCUAAAGGACCUCCAUUAGGGCCUCCUUAUCCAUAUCCUUUACAUGCUGCUCCUCCAGGAGCUGCAGGCCAUCUCGCCACUGAUUUAACUACCGGCGCCGUUGCCGCUGCAUUUCCACCAGGUAUGCUUCAUAAUAAUAUAUCACCGGCUCUUAAUUCAUACUCACGAGGUUUUGCUGGCUAUGACCCUCAUCCAAAUAUGAGAACACCGGGCUUUUCUACUAUAACUGGUAAGGCGGCUUAUUCAAUGCAUAUUGGUGCAGAUGGAACAGCACAACCUGUACAUAUUGCUCCUGAAAAUUUAAAUGGGAUUGGUAUAGCUCGUCAAGCGAGAGCAAUAGACACUCUUAAUCAUGGCGAAGUUGUCUGUGCCGUCACCAUCAGUCAGAAUAAUAAGUUUGUGUAUACUGGAGGAAAGGGUUGUGUAAAAGUUUGGGAUAUAAGUAAAUCCGGUGCUAAACAAGCAGUUCACACUCUUGAGUGUUUGCAACGAGACAACUAUAUUAGAUCUUGCAAAUUAUUGCCAGAUGGAAGAACACUUAUUGUCGGUGGUGAAGCAUCGACUAUAUCUAUUUGGGAUUUGACAGGGGCUCCAAGAAUAAAGAGCGAAUUACCAUCAACAGCUCCGGCCUGUUAUGCCUUGGCUAUUAGUCCAGAUUCUAAGAGUUGUUUCAGUUGUUGCAGUGAUGGUAAUAUUGCUGUAUGGGAUCUUCAUAAUAAUACUUUAAGCCGUCAAUUUCAAGGCCACACUGACGGGGCUUCAUGUAUCGAUAUUAGUAGUGAUGGUACAAAAUUGUGGACUGGUGGUCUCGAUAACACUGUUAGAUCUUGGGAUCUUAGAGAAGGCCGUCAAUUGCACCAACAUGAUUUCAGUUCACAAAUAUUUUCGCUUGGAUAUUGUCCGACCGGAGAAUGGCUCGCUGUUGGCAUGGAAAGCAGUAGCGUUGAAGUUCUCCACACCUCCAAACCUGACAAGUAUCAAUUACAUCUCCAUGAGAGCUGUGUUCUAUCGCUUAAGUUUGCUAACAGUGGUAAAUGGUUUAUAAGCACUGGAAAAGAUAACUUACUUAAUGCUUGGCGAACACCUUACGGAGCCAAUCUCUUCUCGCUUAAAGAAACUUCUUCUGUUUUGAGUUGCGACAUAUCUUCUGAUGAUAAAUACAUUGUUACUGGUUCGGGAGACAAGAAGGCCACAGUUUACGAGAUCAGUUGGGACCUCGUAGGAGGGUCAGAAGAAGAGAGAAACUUCAUAACAAAGCAAAUUCUUGAACUGAUGAAUAGAGAUCGAACCAUGGGAUACAGUAAAAUGGAAACAGCAUCACCUUUCUAACUACUCUACCAUUCGUUCUUCAUUUCUUUCCUGAUUGCAAUAUUUAUCAAAAUUUGAUUUUGUGCAUCUUUCCAACUUUUGCUCUUUUUGUUCUACUAUCUCUUCAUAUUUUGCUCCUUUUUCUCUCGCAUUCAUCAAUAUCUUAUUCGAACCAAAAUCUCCCAAAGAAACUUUCAACGACUCAAGUUAAUCAACGAAAAGGCCAACAAUGUAUAUUGAAACCCCCCACAGAGAUGAGUGUCUAGCUCGAAAGUUGAACCAGAAAAGAAAACCCUCAAAGCGAAUUAAUUGUAAUAAAGUCGUUCUCAUUCUCUUCACAUCCUGGAUUAAAGUUCUCUCGAUUUUCAAUAAUUUAAUCUUGUCACAAUUUCUCCUAAAAGUGAAAUUUUCAACAUGACUUUCCCUAUCUAGUUGAAUAAACUUUGCAUCUUUUCAAGACAAGAUUCAGCGUUAACCAACAAAACGAAGAAAAAAGAUGAUUAAAUAUUUAUUCAACACAAUGGUCAUCUUUUGGAUCACAAAAUUCAUCCUAAAUAUCAUCAUUACCAUUUCCCCUCUUUUUACCUCACCUUUUUGACUUUCCUUUCAAUAUCACCUUCAUUUGUCCCAUCUGUAAACAUUGUCUUUAGCAUAAUUCCUUCAGCAUUUGACAAAAACAAAAUCUUUAAAAAGACGAGCAAAAAUAACAUUAACAAAUGUUGAAACAUUCCUAAA